AUGCCUUCCUCCGCCGUCAGCCCUACUACAUGUGAAUGGAAAAGAAGGAUUUUAGGAAAAAUUAUCUCUGCUGUUCUCCUCCUCUUCUUCGUGUUUACUGCACCAUCCACUGCGGAUAUCAUAUCUGCGAAAAUCCGAUCUCAUAACCGAGAUAUGAUUGUAUUCUCGGAGUUCGAAUAUUCACAUACCGGUUACGUUUCUGUGGCGCUCUCCUCCGUCGCGAUCUCCUCCAUUCCGGUGACAUCAAACGUAUCACAACUUGAUCCUUCGCGUAUCGGUUUCUUGCUUCUAUCCGAUGAAUUUUUAUACCGCUACUACCAGGAAUUCAAACAAAACCCUGAUAUGUGCCCCUUAGAUAUCAAAAACAUCUCAGUCCUGUUCACAUUCCAAGAUCUCUCCCCUCCUCUUCAGUCGUCCUUUAACAAAUCGUACCAUGUCACAUAUCCCGGUACGUACUCUCUCUUUUUAGCCAAUUGCAACGACCAAUCCCUCCUCACCAUGGAUGUCCGCACAGAGCUCUACAGCACCGAUGAUGAGGGGACUACCACUACCAAAGACUAUUUAUCAGCUGGGCAACCGCAGCCGUCUUUUUUCUUCAGAUUGUUCCUUAUUUAUCUGUGUUUUCUAGUGUUUUGGAUCUCUAUAUCCUUAAAGAAGCAUCGAUAUUUUCAGAGGAUCCAUAUACUUAUGGGUGUGCUGCUUGUUAUAACUCUUGUUCACCAUUUAUGUGCGAUGGCGGAUCAACAAGACCUGAAGGUUACGGGGAGUCAUCAUGGAUGGCAUACGUUGUUAUACAUAUUUCAGUUUAUGAGGAAUGUGCUUUUGUUCACCGUAAUCGUGUUGCUCAAUGUAGAAUGGUGUUUAAGGAAGCCGUUUUUGGUAGAGGGAGAAAUAUUCAUCUUGACGAUCGUGAUCCUACUUGAGGUUUGGGCUAAUGUAAGCUCUGUAGCGGCUGUGGAAUCCGGUCCGCUUAAUUAUCAAGAGUUGCAGUAUUUGAUAGAUAAGUUUUCGCUUAUAGAUUUCAGCUGUUGCCUGGUUGUUGGUUUCCAUUGUUUUAACUUGGCUGAUCAGGCUACGGAUUCAUCAAAGGGGACUUCUGCUACUGCUAGGCCGCCGAAUAUGUUCCAUGCCUGGGUAGUAGUAUACAUUAUAUAUUCGAGGGGAAUGAAUUUCCCGCUAAAGGUUACUGCUGCAAGAGAAGCCGGCGAUCUUGUGUUCUAUAUGGUGAUGUUUUACAUGCACAAACCAAUUCUUCUUCAGGAACAGAAUUUAAACUGUCUAGGGUAG